AUGAUCGUCACUGGUCCUUUUGCUACCAUGAGACUUGUGGACCCUGGAACUUUGGUUUCGGGAGCAUGGUGCACGAUCCACGGGUCCGCGGGUCUGGAAAAUCCACCCGAAAUGCACUAUGCACUACUACCAUGGAAGAUCCAAAAGGGUCCCAGCAUUCCUGAGCAGAGCCUGGCCAGUUGGGAUCACUGCCGCGUGUUGUCUCGGUAUGUCUGGGCGUCUGCUGGGCCGUGGAAGGCGUACCUCGUCACCGUGCUCCGCUAUUGUCGUGUCCGAGCCGAGUUCAUCGACGGCUACAGGAUGUCUUAA